AUGGAGGAGGCGAAGGCAGACGGAGCCAGUGCCUCCUGCGCACAGGCACACGGGGAGGAGGAGGAGAGGGGGCGGAGGAGGCGGGGAAGGAGGCGCGCCCAUGAGCAAGAGGCGCUGCCUCCGUCCACCUUUGCCUCCCUGCGCGGCCGCGCCACUCACCUCCUCCUCCUCUGCCCCCUCUUCCCCAGGCCGCACGGCCACAUGGAGGAGCCAAAGGUGGAGGAGGUUCGCCUCCUGCGCGUAGCCGCGCGCCACCCUCCCCGCCUUGCACGCAACCGCACCACCCUUCUCCUCCACCCCGUCCGCCCCAGCCCCCAGGAAGUAAUCAACUUUACCUGGAUCUUUUCUGUCCAAAUCAGCCUCUGGUGUGCCUCGUGGCUCAGUGUUUUGUACUGUGUGAAGGUCACCAACUUUGCCAACUAUUUUUUCCUCUGGUUGAAGCGGAGGAUCAAUGUGCUCUCAAUUAGACUGCUUGGAAUGUCAAUAGGUAGUCUCAUGAUCUUCUCCAUUCCUUUCUUCAGCAAUUACAUUGGACAUAAAGAGACGUGCAAUCUGACAAGGAAUCUGUCACUUAAUAUCAGCCAAUGUUGGGACUGCAAAUACUUGUUUGUGGUAUUUCGUCCUUUUCAAUUCACUUUUGCUUCCAUAAAUUUCACGAUAAGCAUAACUGCAUCCAUUGUUUUGAUCGUCUCUCUGAGGAAACACACAAGGAAUCUGAAAAAGAGUGGUGUUGGCAUUAAGGACCUAACCACUCAGAUGCAUAUCAGGAUAAUUAAACCUUUGUUGUUUUAUAUCUUCUUCUACUCUUUGUAUUUUGCUGGUAUGACAAUUUUUUCAAGUAAUACUUUGCUCACUGAAAAUAGUAUAGAACUUCUGAGUGACAUCCUUAUGACUGUCUUUCCUGCAGCACAUACCAUAAUAAUAGUUUUGACCAAUCCAAAACUAAAAACUGUGGCGGCCCGCGUUCUAGAUAUAAGAAAAAUAGCUUUGUCCCUUCCUGCCUUCCUCCUCUACCAGCCACAGCAGAACUCUCCACCGCCCUGGCCUCCCACUCCCACCAGCAGCUGCACCUAUGGCACUACCGCCACACCACCUCCUGCCUCGCUGGACCCUCUACCGCUGUAG